AUGCGUCAUGUACUAUUGAUUUUUUGUUUAAUAAUUGGAGCACAAGCUGUUCUGAACACAGGUCUACAACUCAAAAUUGAUGAGCUUUUUGAUACUCCAGGUCACACAAAUAACUGGGCAGUUCUCGUGUGCACUUCAAAAUUCUGGUUCAAUUAUCGGCAUGUUUCGAAUGUGUUAGCCCUUUACCAUUCGAUUAAAAGAUUAGGAGUACCCGAUAGUAACAUUAUAAUGAUGCUUGCUGAAGAUGUUCCGUGUAACUCAAGAAAUCCACGUCCAGGAACAGUUUACGCGGCAAGAGCAGGAGCAAACUUAUACGGGAGUGAUGUAGAAGUGGAUUAUAGAGGAGAAGAAGUUACUGUAGAAAACUUUAUCAGAAUUUUAACAGGCCGUCACCACCCAGCAACACCACGUUCUAAACGAUUGCUUACUGAUCAUCAGAGCAACGUUUUAAUUUAUUUGACGGGACAUGGUGGUGACAGUUUUAUGAAGUUUCAAGAUUCAGAAGAAUUAACAAACGUCGAUUUAGCAUAUGCUAUCCAAACGAUGUUCGAGGAUAAUCGCUACCACGAAAUGUUAGUUAUCGCUGAUAGUUGUCGAAGUGCUUCUAUGUAUGAAUGGAUCGAUUCGCCGAACGUUCUCAGCCUUUCAAGCAGUUUAACACACGAAGAAAGCUACUCAUAUGAUGUAGAUACGGAUAUUGGUGUUUACGUCAUUGAUCGUUACACUCAUUACACUGUAAAUUUCUUGUCAAAAGAAGUGAAAGCAUUAAAUUCAUCAGCCAACAUGCAAGAUUAUAUUGAUUCGUGUCCGGCUAGGAAGUGUCUAUCAAAUACAGGAGUCAGAAAAGAUCAUUAUCCGAAAGAUGUGAAACGAGUUCGAGUGACAGAUUUCUUCGGGUCUUCUCGCAUUUUCCAACAUCUGAGCGAAGAAAUAGUUCUCGACGAUGAAUUCUGGGCCUAA